GUGUCACAACACAACACGACACGCAUCAGGCUUUUGGUGGGAAAAUGAGUUCGCCUCCGUGCACAUUUGUCUUAAAAUUUAGAGUAUAAUAUGUAUUUUCUGAGGUUUACCGUGACGCCAAAGUAAGCGGCUAUAUGUCAAGUACAUAACAGAUUGAAAGAUUACUUCACAACAGCACUUUGGGUGUGUUAAAACCAACAAGCUAAUCGGGAAAAGUUCACUCUGCCUAUUGUUUGCUAGCGUGCUAACACGUUAGCCAACGGUCUGUAGUUGAAUAGAAACAAACGGUUUUGUAACUUUUCGGGGCUAAGUUGCUCCCACUGAGCGGAAGCUGUGUGCGUGUGUGUUUUAUGUUUUAUGUGUUGUUAACCGGCCACGAUAACGCUUAGGGGCGAGGCAAGCGCCCGGUUGGUUUAUUCACCUCCACACUUGCUAAUUAUUCAGUGUUGAACCUGUGAGGAAUCAACAACAACAACAACAACAACAUGCCUGAGAUCAAGAUCAAGCACGUCGUGUCUUGCAGCACCGAGGACACUACUCACAAGGCAGACAACCUGCUGAGCUCUGAUACCUACAGAAAGUGGAAAGCGGCAAGACCCGGGGAGAAGCAGACAUCAGUUAUCCUGCAGCUGGAGAAGGAGGAGCAGGUUCACAGCAUCGACAUCGGAAACGAAGGCUCAGCUUUCAUUGAGGUGUUAGUUGGGAAUUCCUCAGCUGUCAGAGACCAGGACUAUGAGGUUCUUUUGGUCAUGUCUUCCUUCAUGUCCCCGACGGAGAGCCGCAAUGGCACCAACAUGAACCGUGUGCGUUUCUUUGGGCCCAACCAGUUGCAGAAGAGCACAGCACAGGAGAAGUGGGACAGAGUGAAAAUUGUGUGUAGCCAGCCAUACAGCAAGAACAUAGCAUACGGACUGGCCUUUGUUAAGUUCCACUCACCACCUGACAAAGAUGAUCCUCCUUCAACAGCUUCUCCAAAACUGACAAAGCUGGGACAGUUCAAGAUGAAGGAUGAGUCUCCUUCAUCUGGGCCCAGCCUUCAACCUGGCAGUCUCUUCUUCAGUCGAGACAGUGCAACAAAAUCCAGUCCUUCACUCAAAGUGUCUCCCCAGAGUGAGAAGUUGAGUUAUGCUGCCGCUGCCCUGCAGGCUGGUGGCACCACCCACUCGCCAGGCCAAGCUUCCUCCUCCACCUCUGCCUCACCACAGCCACCAGCAAAAAGAAAAUUUGAGUUCAGCAAAGAGCGGCAGUCUGUCCCUGGCCCCCCUCCUUCGAAGAAAAUAAGCCCCACGGGCUCACCCGAGGGCAAAGCUGCGACCCCCAAACACAAGCCGAGCCCAGCCAGCACGCCCAGCCCCAGUGCUGCGAAAGCUUCCCUGGCACAGAAGUCUGCUGACAAGAAGAGGGAGAGUCAAUCCAAAUCCGAACCUAAACCCAAACAACAGAAGGCAAAAUCCGAGGGAGCGCAGCAGGUCCCAUUUAACCGGAUCAUGGAGGGGGUGGUGUUUGUCCUCAGUGGCUUCCAAAAUCCAUUCAGAGGGGAGCUGAGGGAAAAGGCUCUGGAUAUGGGAGCCAAGUACCGGCCUGACUGGACACCCGACUGCACACACCUUAUCUGUGCCUUCGCUAACACCCCCAAGUACAGCCAGGUGAAAUCAGCAGGGGGCAUCAUCGUACGGAAGGAAUGGGUGAUGGACUGCCACAAGCGGAAACAGAAGAUCUCCUAUAAACAGUAUUUGAUGGAUGGAGCGGAGUCAAGCUCAGAGAGCGAAAUGGAAGUGGAUGACCAGAGUGAAGAGGAAAUGAACGCAAAAACUCCACAGAAGCAGGAGAGACAAAUCGCUCCCAAAAAGACGCUAGAGAAGAGGAACGAAGAUGAAGAUGAAUAUGCUGGCUCCACUGAUGUGGAUGAACCAGGAGGUGAUGAUGAAUCUGCCGUGGACACAGAGGACGAGCUGCAGAGAGUGGAGAAUGAGAACAGACAGAAGAAAGCAGCAGCAGAAGUGAAGAUGGUGAAAGAGGAGGAUCCGUACGGGGGGUCGACAGAUGAAAACACAGACGCUGAGGCUGAAGAGGAUCAUCCCAUCCCGGACCUACCAGACUUCCUGAGCGGAAAGCACUUUUUCCUCUACGGCAAAUUUCCUAACAACGAGAGACGCCUAAUGUUGCGAUACAUUAUUGCCUUUAAUGGAGUGAUCGAGGACUACAUGACAGAGAAAGUGCAGUUUGUGGUGACCAGUGAGGGGUGGCAUGACUCUUUUGAAGACGCACUGAUGGAGAACGGCAAUCUGAACUUUGUCAAACCCGCAUGGAUUUACGCAAUCAAUGAACGACAAAAGAUGCUGCCCUAUCAACCCUACUCUGUUGUCCCCUGAACAAUACACACAAAAGUGUGUCCAGACACACCGAGACUUCAUGUCCUGAUGAAGCAGCCAUGGGGAAAGCCAUAAAAAAAAAAGUUUCUUUUUCAGAUUCACCACUUUUCUUAGAAGAAGCAAUAAACCAAUUCUAGUUCAUUAAUGACUUUAUACUUGCAAUUCAUGAAAUAUCUUCAGUCCUUGUCCAGUUUACAUAAAAGGAAAGUUUCCACCACGGAUGUUCUCACCUUUUGGUCAAGCUAGGAAAAAUGUGAAAAAUAUUUAAAUGGUGUCUGUUGAAAUUAAUGCUAGAAUGAGGUUUAGAUUUAUUAUAAGUAUUUUAUUUGAAGCUUGUUAGCCCUAGCUUGGCCACAAAGUAACAUCAUCAGUGUGCUUCUCAGUCUCUUGGGCUUUAUGCACGAAGAACACUCUCCGAUUCAGGACUUGUUUGAAUUUCUUGGUUCCUGUGCUGCAGUUUGCUGCUGCUUACCUCAGCUACCUCAGGCUCUGUCUGGAAAUGAGUUAUCACCCUGUCCUGCAGCGCUGAUAAGACGCUGACUUGUGUAAGCGGGUAGACUGUUAUGAGACCAGCCCAAAGUCAGGUGAAAGUUGCCUGUUAUUGAAGCCUUGUAGCCACCAAACGCAAAAAUCAAGGCAACUGAAAACUGAAAAUGAAAUUUAAGACUGGUGUGACUGGUGUUUGUUAUUUUCCUUUUUUUAUUUUAUUAAAUGCCAUAAGUGGUAAAGUGAUGGGUUUCUGUGUGUUGUUUAAGUUUGAUAUAUAUCUGAAUUUGUGAUUUGGUUUUAUUGACAUUAAGUAUUACAAGAGAUGGACUCGACAGAUGUGAGGAUGUAAAACAGGCGUCGGUGUUCUGCGCCUGAGGUCACAUGGAAAUGUCGGGUCUACCAUCUGCUUUGGUUUGUUCCGUUGUCCAGAUUGACUUAUUUGAGUCACUAUCUUAAACUUCUUUUUCUUAUAGUACUUAAUUAUUUUGUCUAAAUAAAAAAAAAAAAAGAUUUUUAAUUAAACGUAUUGCUCUCCUUUUAUUCAUCAAGCUGUCUUUGCACUCAGCUGCUCUCAUCCCUUCCUAUGCUUUCCUCUGUGUUUGCAGCUCGAGUGGCACUCUCUCCCUUUUCAUUCCUUCUCUCAUCUCUAGCCUUCUCUCCUCUCUCUAAUUUACUUCUCCUCCUGUUUUGUGCCCUGGAGCACUGGGUCUUCUGCUCUUCAGUCAAGGGGAUUAGAAAGCUGGAAUGUGGAUGAGAGACAGGGAAAGAGGGAUGGUUGCAGGGGAGAGAGAGGCUUCAGGAAAGAUGAAAAGGUUUGGAUUCUCAGCAAGUAUGUAUUUUUAAAGUAGCCAAGGAUGUGUCUGUUUUAUUCUUCUUCUUCUUGUGUAAGGUAAAUUCACAGACACAUACCACCAAGCGUGAGGCAUGUUCGCACCGCUUCCUGCAACUUUCUACCAAGCUUUGAUUUGCUUUUCAUAAAGGGAAAAACGCAAGGGCAAAUCCAUUUAGGUCUGGAAGUGGGAAAAUUUACAGCAGCUAACGGCACCAUCCUGAUACAGUGUCACGUUUCGUUUAAAUGCAUAUCUGUCCCCGGGACGCACAGAGGAUAGAUUGUCCCAUUUGACAGGUUGGCUUCGUUCAAACAGCAGCGUUUCCACGCAUAAAUUUUAUUUAUUUUUUUGCUUUUAGCAUUUUUACUUCUCCUCGUGAAUCUCGGCAGUGACCUUGUCUUCUGAUUUAGAAAGCCAAACAUUGUGUGGCUCUGUAGUUUUAAUGCUCAUUAUCACUGAUGUUUUCCUUGUUCUUUCUUCCUUCAUUAUUGAAGUGGAGGCGGGUGAAUACAUGUGCAAAAAUGUUUUCUAUUUGUAAUUCCUUUAGAUCACUUUUGUAGAGAUCUGUUUUCACUUUGACACUUCAGACUGUUUUUCUAUUUGUCAGUGUAAAGAAAUAUAAUAAAAACCCACAUUAAAUCUA